CAUACGAUUGUUUGGAAAGAGAGUACAUCGGCGGACGUGUUUGUGGCGAACUUUGGGCUGAAACGUUGCUGAAUGUCAUGCUAAAGCCGCUAGCUAAUGCUAGCUGCGGUCGGAAGGCAGUGCCUGUGUGCCAUAAAAAGAUUUUAGGGGCGACACUAUUGAUAUGUAGAUUCAAGCGUUUCUGUCAUGGCCACGAAAAAGUCGGCCACAAAGAGGAAAUCCGAGUCCAUCGCAGAUGUGAAGGACUCCAAGAAGGUGAAAGUUUACCACAGGAGUCACGGCAAGGAGCCGGGACACGUUCUUGUGCUGGGCCAGGGCGACGUCGGACAACUGGGAUUGGGGGAGGACGUCACCGAGAGGAAGAAGCCAGCUCUCGUGUCCCUCCCUGAGAACAUCGUGCAGGUGAUAGCUGGGGGCAUGCACACCGUGUGCCUGAGUGACACCGGCGUGGUUUACACGUUUGGAUGCAACGACGAAGGGGCCCUUGGUCGGGACACAAAAGAAGAAGGUUCCGAGAUGUCUCCCGGCAAGGUGGUGCUGGAUGAGAAGGUGGUGCAGGUGUCGGCGGGAGACAGCCACACGGCCGCACUAACUGAAGAGGGAACCGUGUACGUGUGGGGCUCCUUCAGGGAUAAUAAUGGAGUAAUAGGUCUCCUGGAUCAUUUUAAAACAACCGUCGUUCCUACAAAAGUUCCCAUGACGGAAGCCGUGGUAAAAGUGACAUCAGGUAACGACCACCUCGUAAUGUUGACCGCAACGGGAAAUCUUUACACGUCAGGUACUGCCGAACAAGGGCAACUAGGAAGGGUGCCCGAACAGUUUUCAAACCGGGGAGGCAGGAAAGGCCUUGAUCGUCUGUUGAUUCCUCAGAUGGUCAAAGUUAAAGGCAAAGUUCACUUCGUCGACGCCUUCUGCGGGGCGUACUUCACGUUCGCGGUGUCCAAAGACGGACACGUGUAUGGUUUCGGCCUCUCCAACUAUCACCAGUUGGGCACCAAGAGCACAACGAUGUGUUUUGCGCCCGUGAGACUGACAACCUUCAAAAAUUCCACCACAACCUGGGUUGACUUCUCUGGGGGGCAACACCACACGGUCUGUCUUGACUCUGAAGGGCAGGUGUACAGCCUGGGUAGAGCAGAGUACGGGCGCCUCGGCCUCGGUGAAAAGGCCGAAGAGAAAAGCGAACCCACGGCCGUCAGCGGGGUUGAACCAGCCAGCAGAGUCACAUGCGGGGCGUCGGUCAGCUACGCCGUCACAAAGGAAGGAUCCGCGUACGCCUGGGGAAUGGGCACCAACCUGCAACUGGGCACGGGUCAGGAGGAGGACGAGUGGAGCCCCGUGAAAAUGACGGGCAAGCAGCUGGAAAACUGCACGGUAUUGAUGGUGUCCAGCGGGGGGCAGCACACGGUCCUUUUGGUCAAAGACAAACAGGAAAGCUGAUGAGCCUCGAGGGGGGGCAAGCGAUGUGGUGAUUGUGCCUAAAAUCGGGGGGGGGUCCGCUAUAGAUGACCCUCAUGUUGAGGGUCGGUAUGAAUGCAAGGCUAUUUUUUAAAAAAAUCCUAUUCCUUGGAUAGCUUUUGUUGCAUUUUCAACAAAAAGUAGUGAAUCUGUGCUGAUGUUUGGUAUUUGACAAUGUACAGAAAAGCAUUUUUAGACUUUUUUUUUUUUUUUUUGCCCUUGAGAGCAAUAAUUGCUUGGAUUUUGGUUCAGACAAAACGUUUCUACCAAUUGAAUUUGUCGAGCUGCUCUUUAGAAAAUGAAAUGAUUUCACUGUUUUCUUUUCUGUGGUGUAUUUUGCUACUCUUCCUAUCUUGAAAUAAAUCCAAGCAUUUUA